UUAUUAAAAUAUUUUCAAUUGGUGAUCUUUUGAUUUAUUAUAUGCUUCAUGCUUUCAUUGUUCUGUUCUUAUGAAGAAAAAAAAUUGCAAUUAGUGAUUGUAUGGUUCAUGUUUUGAUUGUUCUGUUAUAUAAAAAAAAUUCUGUUUUCAUUUUUUGGUUUCACUGUCCCUGUUCUUGAUCUCUGCCGACUUGCUACCCCUCCUCCGUGUUGGAUUCUUUUUGUUUCAGGCUUUGUUGUGUUUUUGUUUCAGCCUCUGUUGUGUGUUUGUUUCAGGCUCUAUUGUGUGUUUAUUGUGCAACACUAUCAUUUUAUGUUUUACUUUUUGACUUAGCUAUAUUAAGACAAUAUUCUCUAUCUUUAACUUUUGCAUUGUAAUUCAAUCCAGCUAUUUUUAAUGGAAGUAUAAUUAUGUUAAUUGUCAACAAAUUUGCAGCAAGUUAUUGCAUAUUUUGAUGAUUAAUUACAUUUAGUUGGUGAUAUUUUAUGUAGGGUUUUAAAUUUGAAAGAUAUUUAGGAUGUUUAUUUAUAAUUUAUUUAUUAUUUUAUUAUGGAAUGGUUUUUCCGAUUGAAUCACGGUUAGACCGGCUGGACCAGUAAACUAGUGACUAAAACGGUUUGAUGACCAAUCCGGUUUUCAGAACCUUGGUUGCUUCGCAGUCGCAGAAUCAGAACAGGAGUCACUCUAGUAGCAGGGAGUUCAGACGCAGCAGCGGCUGGUCACUGCCACUGCAUCCCUCUCUCCUGAAUUCUUGCUCUGUAAUUUGACUCAGAUUCUCAGAUCACCUUUUCUUCUCUCUUUUGGUUAAUUUAGGAUUAGUUAUAUGUUGAUUCUAGUGUUAAUUUGAUUUGGUUAGGAUUAUUUGCUGCUAUCAGUUCAGUUUAGGUUUUAGAAUUAGUGUUAGUUUAUACAUAGUUAAAUUUGCUGUUAAGAGCUUCUUGAGUUUGAAUUUCAAUUUGUUUGGAUUGAUUGACUGAUACUUUGCUGAGUCACUGCGAAAUGCUGCUGAUUUUUCAUGUCAUUGGUGCUGAAUUUUGAAUUGGUGUUGCAAAGAAUGUUUGUUAGUGCUAUUUUGUGUUAUUUAUGCUUUUGCACGCCAAGUGUUCGACAAUAUGCCUCAGAGCUUUUAAUGAAAUUUUUGGCUCAAUCUUUGAAAAUCAAUGCUUGUUUAUACAUGAUUCUUGUUAUUAUGCAUUGGUGAUUGAAUAUGAUAUUUUUCUUAUUGACCAAAAUUUUUUUUUAAGUUGUGAAUGAUUGAGGUUCCUUUGCCUAAUAGUACAAGAUUAAUGAAAUUAGUCCUAUGUAACCAAUUAUGUCAACUUUGUAUGCUUAUUUAGUUUUGGGUAAUAUUGGGAAUGAAUUUCAAAUAUUGAAAUUAACCUUGUGGUAUUGUUUAAAGGAAAUACAUAGUUCACCUCGCUUAUCCCUCUAUAUAUGUUAAUUGGUAGAGUAAAUGUUCAAAUUGGUUUAAGACAUGUAGGAUAUCAAAUCAGUUACUUCCAAGAUUUUUAACAUUGAGUUGGUUUUUUGUAGAACAAAAUAAUCAUCAAUUUAAGGACCAACUGGUAUUUAAAUAGAUUAGACUGAAGGACUGAAUUGAUGCCAUUUUAAAUACAGAGACCAAAUUGUUGUACAAAAUGUUUAGAGUGUAAAGGACCAACUUGAUGGUGCUAAAAUCUUUGGAGAACUAAAUUGAGCUUUUACUUUCAUUUCAUAUCAUUUCAUAUGCAAAUCUGCAGCAAAUUUUUACAUAUUUUGAUGAUUGAUGACAUUUUUAUGUUGGCAUUUAAUUUUGGAUUUAAAUUUGUACUUUUUCUAAAGAUCUUAAGACUUUGGUUGAUGACAUUUCAUGUAUUGCUUUAAAUUUAUAAGAUAUUUUAAAAUUUAUAUUAGACUAUAAUUAUGUUUUAGAGUGUUUAUUUAUAAUUUAUUUAUUAUUUUAUUAUAAAACGGUUUUUCUGGUUGGACCACAGUUGGACCAGUAAACCAGUGAACCAAUGACUAGAGUGGUUCGAUGACCGGUCCGGUUUUCAGAACCUUGGAGUUUUCGCAAAGAAACCUGUACUGUAUUGUAUUAAAUGGAAAUUUAUUUGGAUUCUUCAUCUAAAUGGUAUUUCAUAACAAACCAAACUUCAACUAUCACAGUAAAAUUAAAUUCAAUAAUCGGCAAAAGGUGCUAUACUUUAAAUACUUUGCUACCUACUCCUUUUAUAUAUUUUUUUCUUUUUUAAUUAAAAAAAUCACCGUCUCUUGCCUUUAAUAAUUAUAUUUUUUCCUUCAAGAUAAAUCUGAAUUUAGGUACAGCUAGCAUACUAAUGAUUUAGUAAUCGUACCAAAGCAAUCACCAAAAAAAUAUUAUGAAUAAAUAACUGAAGCAGAAGGGCUUAAGGCAUUAUGCCUUUUUAUCUUGAACUUAAAAAGUAUCUAUGCAUAACUGUUAGUGGUUGGUUGUGCGUUGGGGAACGAUUGGAAGAAAGUAGGCUACUAUUUUGUAAUGCCAUCCACUUUGUCUCCAAUUAUAAAACAUUGAGACAUUCUUCUUCCUGCAGCACAGGUAAAACAUUAUGUUUGAUAGAUAAAUCAAUAGAAAGAAGAUAAAUAGAUAUGAGAUAUCUUUAUGUAGAUAGGAUAGAUAGAUAGAAGAUAGAUAUAAGAUAAUUAUGUGACUAACAUUCAGUUGGAUUUGCUUUGAAACACAGCUAAACACGUUGCACCUUCCUUGUUUCCAGAUCCUCCUCAAUGUCUUCUCCCUCCUCUCCUGAAAGCUAGUGAUGAUGCUGAGCCAUAUGAGCCUUUGGGUGGCAACAUGCUACCUUAAAGCAAAUCAUCGGGUUUGGUUUUGUUUUUAAAGUUAAAACUUGUUGAUUAAUUAGGGUGACAGUAAAAGGUAAGUCAUGUGAGUGUAAAGAUUAUGCAUAUGUAAAUUGUUAGUUAAAAUUUAAAAUAAUUUAGAAUUGGUUUGUUCAUUGGUGAGAUAUGUUGGCAGUGGCAGGUAAUAUAAUUAAUUUUCAAAGACAGUGAUUAUAUGCUUUCAUCUCAUAAAUAGAUAACCACCGGGAACCUCUAAUUGCUUCCUAAUAGCUGUCAACCUAGCAGAUAGUAGGACUUGUAGAAGCAUUAAAAACAAUGCAUGCUUUAAGCAAAAGGUGAACCGGAUUAAUUUUUUAAUAAACAUUUUAACAUCACCCUUGCAUGAAUAUGCUUAACACAAACUCUUAAUGUGCAUAGAAGCCCCUAACCCAUGCACCUUUUUCCUGUGCCACUUUGAACAGCAGGAGGUUACCUUUUCUGAACUUCUGCAACUUCAUUUGCCAAUUUGCAUUAGUGCAACAGUGAAUGUAUUGAUUGAUUAGGCCACGGAGGUGUUUGAAGCUGAGGUCUUGUGCGUGGGACUGGGACUAACUGUGGAUAUAUUAGAUAUUUGAUAGAUAGCUGCCUAUAAAUACUAGUGGUUAGUUAGUUUUCAAUUCAGUUAGAAAAUUCUGUUAAAGUGUGUUAAUUCAGGAGAGGAAAAUUCUCUCCAGUGUUGGUUAGACCCAACAGUGUACUCCAAUAAAGGAUUGUGAUUUACAAACAAAUUUUGAAACAGUUAAAAUGUCUUUGAAUUUGGAACUGAAUCCCUUUCUCAUUUUGAAACUGAAUCCAUUUUACAUAAUCAAUAUCAAAUCCUCACACCUCACCUCUCCUUUCUUAAAUCUGGCCCUGACCUAGAAACCCAGAUCAUGUUUCCUGCUGCGAAACAUCAUCCCCAUUCACUGCCUUGCAUGGUGGUCCAGCAAGCCCAGGUACGGCUGGGUUGAUUAACUUCGCUGCCCCAUUGCCGCUCUUCCACGCCGUACUGCCGUUCUUCCUUGGAUGCACCUCCAUCGACACCCGUCCCCUUCAAUCAUCCAAAAAGGCAACUGAUUUCCUUGCAUUGGAAAAAAGGGUACUUGAGACUCUGCCAGAACACCUACCGAUUAUCAUUGAAACAUGAAGAAGCUACACUAUUUGUCGUCAUUGACUUUGAUGCAAAUUCGUUAUCACAAUACACACAUUUACCAAUGCUUCAUAAGUGGCUUUCCAAUGCUGAGAAACCUUGCAAUUAGGCUGAAAUCCACGGCUAAUCUUCAGUUGGAAAUGAAACAAUGCAAUUCUUUCAUUUCAUGCCUUUGCAAGGAAGGGAAAAUCGACAAUGCACGCAAGGUAUUUGAUAAAAUUUCUGAAAGGGACAUUGGUUUGUGGACCACAAUGAUAAGUGGGUACAUCAAGUGUGGCAUGAUCAAGGAGGCUAGGAAGUUGUUUGACAGAGUGGAUGCAAAGAAGAAUGUUGUCAUUUGGACUGCUAUGGUUAGCGGUUACAUAAAGUCCAAUAUGAUCAAGGAAGCUGAGAGGCUGUUUCAUGAGAUGCCUGUGAGGAAUGUUGUGUCUUGGAAUACUAUGAUGGAUGGGUAUGCACAUAAUGGGCAGACACAAAUGGCUUUGGACUUGUUUAGGAGGAUGCCAGAGAGGAACGUGGUUUCCUGGAAUACAAUCAUAACAGCUUUGGCUCGAUGUGGGAGGAUUGAGGAAGCACAGAUGCUUUUUGAUCAGAUGGUGGAAAGAGAUGUUGUUUCAUGGACUACCAUGGUUGCAGGAUUGGCUAAGAAUGGGAGAAUUGAUGAUGCUCGGACACUCUUUGAUGUGAUGCCUGUUCGAAAUGUGGUUUCAUGGAAUGCAAUGGUCACAGGUUAUGCACAAAAUGGAAGAUUGAAUGAGGCUUUAGAGUUGUUCGAAAGGAUGCCUGAGAGAGACAUGCCUUCAUGGAAUACGGUGAUCACUGGUUUAAUUCAGAAUGGGGAGUUGAAUAGGGCAGAAAAGUUGUUCCAUGAGAUGCCGCAAAAGAAUGUGAUUACCUGGACUGCAAUGAUGACGGGCUAUGUGCAGAAUGGCCUAAGUGAAGAAGCACUGAAAAUGUUUAACAAAAUGCAAUCUCAUGAUUGGUUAAAACCCAACACUGGAACCUUUGUGACAGUGUUAGGUGCUUGCAUUGACUUAGCUGGUCUUGCUGAGGGGCAACAAAUUCAUCAAUUGAUAAGUAAAACUAUUUUUCAGGAAAACACAUACGUGGUAUCAGCACUGAUAAAUAUGUACUCAAAAUGUGGAGAGCUGCGUACUGCUAGGAAGAUGUUUGAUGAUGGGUUAUUAAGCCAAAGGGAUUUGAUAUCAUGGAAUGGUAUGAUUGCUGCUUAUGCACACCACGGAUGUGGCAAGGAAGCAAUUAACCUAUUUAAUGAAAUGCAAGAUCAAGGUUUCCAAGCUAAUGAUGUCACCUUUGUUGGACUUCUCACUGCUUGCAGUCAUGCUGGUUUAGUUGAGGAGGGGCUUAAAUACUUUGACGAGCUUUUGAAAAACAGGUCUAUAGAAGUCAGGGAAGAACACUACGCAUGUUUAGUUGAUCUUUGUGGACGAGCAGGAAGGCUGAAAGAAGCUUUCGAUAUCAUUGAGAGACUUGGGGAAGAUUCAUCAAUUUCUGUUUGGGGAGCGCUCCUUGCUGGAUGCAAUGUACAUGGGAAUGAAAUUAUUGGGAAUCUUGUAGCUAAGAAAAUUUUGAAAAUUGAACCAGAGAACGCAGGCACUUAUUUAUCACUUUCCAAUAUGUAUGCUUCCGUAGGGAAAUGGAAAGAAGCUGCCAAUGUUAGGAUGAAAAUGAAGGACAAGGGGCUAAAGAAGCAGCCGGGUUGUAGUUGGAUUGGAGUUGGCAAUACAGUGCAAAUAUUUGUAGUUGGUGAUAAGUCCCAUUAUCAAUUUGAGCUACUGGGGGGUUUACUUCUUGAUCUACAUAACAAAAUGAGAAGGGCUGGAGAUAUGCCAGAUGAUGAUGUAUUAGUUGGUGUAGAGUUCUUAUAGCAUGAAUCUCUAUUACUUGAAGCUUUCUAUUGUGCAGUGAAGUGGAAAUAUGAGAAAUUUUACCUGGUCGUACACUUAUAUCUGAAAUUAGCUUCCUCCUUGAACAGGGACAUGUCAGGAAAUGCAUGUUGGCUUGAUACAUCUAAGGGCAGGGCAAUCAGUUCCAAAAUUAAAUUGAUCUGGAGAACUUGCGAUGAGAUUUUUGUUGCAGUUUGGUUCAUCCAACAAAUAUGGUAUUACGUGGGAAAUUUAUUGCCAGAAGUCCAAAGAAAUCUCAGUUUUGUUAGCUUGGAGCUGAAAUGGGUGACUCCAGAGCAAAAUUUAGUAUCUCAAUACCUUGAGGACCAUGAGGGAAAAAGGAUUUUACCAUCUGUUCCAUCAAUAAGUUUUUGAAUACUGUUAUGAAAGUCCCUCCCAAGCGCCAUAACAGUAUAACAGACUAAAGAGAUCACUCUAACUCAAGGAACAUUAAAAGAAAAGACCAAAUACAAGAAACUAGGAUUGCCACAAUAUCCUAUAUAUCAUUAUCCAGUGGUCCAUUCUUAUCAACUUUAUGGUGGAGUUCUCCCCAUUCCCUUUCAUCCUGGUAGCAUGCCGUAUUUUAAUCAUUAUCUUUCUACUGUUGGAAUUACAUUAUAUCCUCAAUUCUCCCACGUCUCGCCGUAUCCUGGUGGACCCAGCGAUAAGAAUAUAUGAGUUGGACUUUUGAUAUGUCAUCAAGAACAAAAAGUGAUGGAGUUAUCAACUAUAUUAAAUUUUAAAUUUUCUACAGUUUUUUAUAGCCUAGGAUCUUGAAUCAUAGACUUUUUUGUUUUAACUAUGAUUAUUUAUCCUAUCAAAUACUUUAUCUUUCUUAGAAAAUUUUAGUCCUUUUAAUUUCCAAAAUAUACGUGCAAGUAAGAUGAAUAUGCAUUCAUAUGCUUCUGUAGCUAUAUGGAAAUGCAUGUCUGAAUUGAGAAUUUAGAAGAUCCAAUUAGCCCAGGUAUGUAAACAGUUUUUUCCCUUUUUCAAGUUUGUCCCAAGUUGUUCAAUUGAAUCAUAGAACAUAGAGUUAGAAACCUCUGCUACCGAAACUAUUAGUUAGAUAACAUUAUCCUAUUUUUAAUCCUACCUUAAAAUAAUAAAUGUUUUUAAUCCAACCUAACUCCGAUGCGACAUGUUUGAUGAUCUAUCAAUGCUUGUUUCUGACCAAAGAUGUACCAGCUGAUAAUAAAAUUGGGCCUAUUCCAUUUACACUUGUAACAGUAAGUAAAACAUAUAUGAUAAACUGAAUGGAACUUGUCUUUUAUGUAGGUUAUUAUACUAAAGGCUAGCGGAAUAAAUUUUACCCAUGUACAUAGUUAUUAGGACGAUCGGAGCCAUUCACAAGUGUUCAGCGACACUACGGGGAUUAUGAAUGCGCAAUAUCAUUGUGUCUGAUACAAGUGACGAAAGCAAGUCAAGACGGCUUGAUGCUUAUGCAACAAGUAUAUAAACAUUAUUCAUGUAUAUUAACCAGGAGCAUUAUGAAGAUGCUUCUCGUCAUUUUUUUAAAAAUUUUUUGAGGGA